AUGGGCCUCGGGACCGACUCCGUUGAUGUGCUUCCGCCAGACAGCGGCGUUCGAAUGCGUACUGCCAGCAGCCCGUCACGACAGCCGACUUCCGGUCCCGCAAAUCAUCUGCCACAGCCUGGCGUUACCUCGUUGUCCAGACCUUUGGUGGCCGCAACGAGGAACCGGCUGUUUGGACCAGUCACUGGCUCCGGUAUGACUGAACUCGAGUUUGGGUAUUUGAGAGAAGGAUUUCAGCGCCUAUCUUGCUGUUGA